AUGCUCAACCUCUUCCGCAUUAUGGGGGACUUGUCCCACCUUGCCAGUAUUGGCAUCCUCCUCCACAAGAUGGUUCAGAUGAAUAGCUGUUCCGGUAUCUCAUUCAAGUCGCAAGCCCUCUACCUGCUGGUCUACAUCACCAGAUACCUUGACCUCUUCUCCACCACCAGCCUCUGGAACCUUAUCUUCAAGAUCCUUUUCAUCACCUCCCAGGGCUACAUCGUGUACCUGAUGACCACUGCCUACAAGCCCACCAACGACCCGAACCAGGACACUUUCCGUGUCCAGUACCUGCUCGGAGGCGCUGCCGUCCUGGCCAUCAUCUUCCCCUACUACUACACCUUCUGGGAGAUUCUCUGGGCCUUCUCCAUCUGGCUCGAGUCCGUCGCCAUCCUUCCCCAGCUCUUCAUGCUCCAGCGCACCGGUGAGGCCGAGACCAUCACUACUCACUACCUCGCCGCCCUCGGUAUCUACCGCGCUCUGUACAUCCCCAACUGGAUCUACCGCUACUUCACCGAGGUGAACCACAAGGUCGACUGGAUCGCCAUCAUCGCCGGCAUCAUCCAGACCAUCUUGUACUCGGACUUCUUCUGGAUCUACUACACCAAGGUGAUGAAGGGCAAGAAGUUCAAGCUGCCCGUCUAA